UUUACAGUUAAAACCAGUCACGUUUUAUUUAUAUAUAGAAAUUACUUCCUUUUUUCAAGUUAUGUCCCAAGAAAGAAAUCAAAACAAAGAAGGAAAUAAAAGAGAAGAAUGGCAUUGAUGCUUCUUAAAAAUGCUAAUCAAAAGUGGUUAACAACUUGUCAAGUGUUAUCUCUAUUGGUACUGGUGGUUAUAGAUUUAACCAACGGAUCGGUAUCGUGGAGCCUGGCCACAAAACCAGCAGUGUUUGGAAAAGAUAUAGAAUUACAUUGUAAUCUUGACAAUGAUACAUCACUCGACAACUCCAGACAUUGGAGUAAAGGAAAAAACGUCAAAGUAUUGGUGGUAAACGGCGAGACAGUAAACGAUACAAAAUAUUCAGAGGAACUAGACAAGUCUAAACGUACUUCCAUUUUAACUAUAACGUCGUUAGAUACUGGUGACGUGAACGUGCCAUACACUUGCCAACAUGGCUUCCAAACCUACAAGAAUGUUCUGAAUAUGACUGUGGAGAAUUUCGAAUACCAUCCUGACAAAGGCAAAACAUCUUUCAACCAAGAAGAUGAUCAUUUGUUACUUUCAAUGAAAUUUGAAAAAGUGUUUCCAGUUCCUACUUGCAAAGCGUUAUAUGGGAAUCAAAAUAUUACGAACUUGUUGAACAUAAGUUCCGUUCGAAGUGAUGUGUUUUACAAAGUUGAAAUCAGCAUGAAGUACCAUUACGUCUCGAAAGAAUGUAUUCAUCAUCCAUUUGAGCUCGACUGCUGCGUCGGAACAAAGACGAUCAGACAACGUUUUGAGACGGCCAAUGAUGUUUGUGUUGAGAUGGCUCCUGAAGUAAAAACUGUUGAAAACCCAAAUGAACCAGAGAAGGAUCAGACCCUUGGAACUGUUGGACAAGUUAUAUUCGGGAUAGUGUUUUUAUUUUAUUGUAUUCUAUUCCCAAUAGCAUAUGCAUAUUUACAGUAUAAUGGUUACUAACUGUUCGCAUAUCGCUGACAUGUGAUGGUUAAGAAGAAAUUGUAUUGUACUUAGUAAAAUAUUAUUUAUCUUGUAUCUUCUAAAAGCUAUGUUGGACUAGUAACAUAAUGUUCAAAGUAAAACAUUUGAAUUAUCAAGGAAACGUCGACAUUGAUUGCGCAAAGAUGUUGACACUGACUCUGUCAUAUGUUGGAUAUGUUCCUACGGAUAUCAAACUCCGAAACAGCGGUAACGUUGCUUCGCUAGACUAUCAUGUAGCGUAGCAAGGAGGACGUUACUUUAAAAAUAAGGAGAUGAGGUAUGAUUGCCAAUGAGACAACUAUCCACCAAAGUUCAAAUAAAGUGGAUGUAAGCAAUUAUAGGCAACCGUACGGCCUUCAAAAAGUAAGAAAAACCCAUACCGUAUAGUCAGCUAUAAAAGGCCCCGACAUGAAAAAUAUGAAACAAUUCAAUUGAGAACACAAACGGUCGAAUUUAUAACAAAACAAUUUACGAAAAACAAUUAUGACAGACAUGAAACAACGACAACGGCGGACAACCACUGAACUACAUGCUCCUGACUUGGGACAGGCACAUAAAGAAUGCGGCGGGAAACAUGUUUGUGAGCGCUCAACCAGUGGCGGAUCCAGAGAGGGGUUCCGGGGGUUGGAACCCCCAUUUUUUUUUUUUGAUGAUAAAUGCAUUUAAAUGGGGACAUAAAGUUGGAACCCACCUUUAUCCUUGGUUGGGAACCCCCCCUUUUUUUUUUUGAAAAUGGCUGGAUCCCCCCCUGUCAACCCUCCCCCUAAACUGGGACAGUGGUGUAACAACACAACAUAAGAACAAACUAUCAAAACCAGUUGAAAAGGCUUACCUCAUCAGAUCGAUACAAAGCAGAAAAACAUCAAACAUGAACACGGACCGGACGUGGCAGGGUAUUUAUACAUCCUUCAUCCCUAACAACAAAAAAGACACUAUGUAUACAGAUCUGAGAGUACACUUGCAGUUACUCGCAGUUACUACUGUUUCGGAGUUUGCUAAGAUAUGCGUCCAACUGUCGUUGUCCACAAUGUGUUUGUUUUGCUGUGUUCACAUCAUCGACACAUGUACAUUAACACUCACUAUGAACGCUCAAAAGUUGUUGCAGUCAAAAUCGGAGCUAUAUAAUAUUCCAAAAAAUGAAUCGAGUGCUAUGUAGUAUCAAAAGAAACAAAAUAUAAAAUGCAAUCAUAUUUUGUUUAAACAUAACCAUGCUCUUGUGAUAUUAUUUGUAAUGAUAAAUGUAUUAUAUAUUUUUAUAUUCAAGUAAUUGUGAUAUGUGAAUAUUCAUGUAAAGAAUAGAAUGUGUCGAAUCAUGCACUGUCAAAAGAAAAGGGGUGGUCGUAUAAUUUUGACAGAAUUGAAAGAAAGUGUUCUAUAUGCAAGAGUAGAGAUACUAGUACUAGUAUUUGAGACGAAUAUAACUAUAUCUUUGUUUAUCCGACUUUAGAAGAUGAAGGGAAAAGGUUCGUUAUACUCAUAUGUAGUAUAACGAAAUCAGAGAUCUAUAUUUUAAUUAGAUUGUCGGUCAUAACGCUUUGAAAUUUAUCAAGCUGUUUAAAUUCAAAAAGCCAAAGACACUCAGAGAGCAAUGCAAUUUCAUACAAUGUAUCAUCAGUAAGAUAACUUUUAUAUGUGAUCUCAUCUUAACAUUUUUAUGCAGGUUAAUGUUUAUGUAUGUUUAUUAUUAUUUUAACUUCUCUGUAACCGUUCCUGCGUGCUUUUAUAAUAAUAAACUAUCCAUCAUAUUU